AUGCGCAGUUUGGAACACCAAUACCUUAAAGAUGACUUGGUCUAUGUGAAGAACGAAAGCCGCAAGACUGGCGUAUCCCCGAAGUUACAACCAGUAUGGGAUGGACCAUAUGUGGUAACUAAUGUACUAGGUCCUGUGGUUUAUGAGAUCACUGGGCGAAGGCGCUGCUUUGUCAUCCAUCAUGACCGCCUGAAGCCUUACAAAUCUGAAGUUGUACCGGCCUGGGUGCAGAAGGUGAAACAUGACAUCACCUCAAUUGAGAAUGUUUCACUUGAUGUCAUCCACGAGGAGGAAAAUGUAGUAGCGCCGGCUGUCACUGUUCAGGAGGGCAACGCAAUAGAAGAAGCACCAAGUGAGCCAUGUUCUCCGGACGGAUCACUGCGAUCCAAUUCCGGUGACAACGGCUCACCACUUAAUGUCGGACGAGUUCGUCAGAAGCCUGCCAAACUGGACUUAUAA